AACAACACACGGCGGUGCAGCAGGUGUUAGGCUGUAUGUGUGUGUGUGUGUGUGUGUGAGCGCGCGUGUGUGGGGUGGACUCUUGCAGGCAGCUCUGGGCUUCCCUUUAAUGAGGGCCGCCGUCUGGCCCUGACUUCACGUGAAUGCAUCUGCAACCUGUGGCUCGUUUUAAAAGAGCGGCGGGCUGCACAUUUUUCCACUGAGGAAGAGGAGGAGGAGGAGGAGGAGGGCGCAAUGGCACCGUCGCUCAUCCCAGCGUGCCGCAGUCUGGCUCUCUCGACGUGGUUGCUGUCGUUUUGCUUCGUCCACCUGCUCUGUCUGGACUUCACUGUGGCAGAGAAAGAGGAAUGGUACACCGCCUUUGUCAACAUCAGCUACCUGGACCCCGCCACCUCGGAGGUCAGGACAGAGAAAACCGAAUGCGGACGCUACGGAGAGCACUCGCCCAAGAAAGAAGCCAAAGGUCUGGUUUUGGUGCCGACCCUCCCUCAGGACAGGCAGGCGUGCGAGCCACACGUCCGCUUCCCUCCCGUUUCCCACACCACCGCCUCCUGGGUGGCUCUGGUGGCUGCGGGAAACUGUACCUACAGAGAGAAGAUCCGUAACAUAGCGAAGCUCAACGCCUCCGCUGUUGUCAUAUACAACACUGGCUCCAGCAGCCCCAACGAAACCAUAACAAUGCCACAUCCAGAUACAGGUGACGUUGUUGUCAUCAUGAUCCCAGAGCCUAAAGGUCGUGAGAUUGUGGCCUUGCAGGAGCAGAAUAUUGCGGUCACGUUACACAUCACUAUAGGGACCCGCAACCUGCAGAAGUACGUGAGCAGAACAUCGGUAGUGUUUGUCUCCAUUUCCUUCAUCGUGCUCAUGAUAAUCUCUCUCGCAUGGCUCGUCUUCUACUACAUCCAGAGGUUCCGCUACGCGAAUGCACGAGAUCGCAACCAGAGACGUCUUGGAGAUGCUGCCAAAAAAGCCAUCAGCAAGCUUCAAGUGCGAACCAUUAAGAAAGGCGACAAGGAGACUGAUUCAGACUUCGACAACUGUGCAGUUUGCAUUGAAGGUUACAAGCCUAAUGAUGUCAUAAGGAUAUUACCAUGCCGACAUGUCUUUCAUAAACACUGUGUAGACCCAUGGCUACAAGAUCACCGGACGUGUCCUAUGUGUAAAAUGAACAUACUCAAAGCCUUAGGAGUGCCACUCAACGCGGACUGCUCGGAUGAGAUUCCUCCAGAUUACGAUACGUCUGUCGGAGGUCCACCCACCAACCCCAUCAGCGGGGCAAGUGAAAUGACUGUUAACGAGAGCUCGGUGGUUCUGGAUCCUGUAGGCAGAGGGAUCGGCCUGCAGCAGCUCCAGGCUGAAGCAGAGACAGCACGUCAGGCAGGGGAGAGCCACAUCAUCGCCAGCAGUGAGCACCAGCCUCCGCUCAGCACUGAUUCAGACACUUCUCUCAUCGAGGGCAUGGAGAUAGGUUGGUCUGAAAUGGACCUGUCCACAGAGCAGGAAUGUGACGAGGCCAAAUCCUGAGCCAGUCAGAGCGGAGAGACGAUCACCAGGAAAAGGAGGACGAGAGCAGGGCAAAGUGAUCGGUGGCUGUUGAGAGAUUCGCCCAGGAGGAAGUGACAUGGAGUGACAGAAGAUGGGUAAAUGAGCAAUACAACCCAUAGCAGCACAAAAAAACCCUCUAGUUCUGUGUGAAGUACUCGUAAAACAGAUUUGCUUGUGUGUCGUGCGGACAUGUUGCUUGCUCGUUUUCUUGCAGUCACACUCUGCUGUCUUGUUGGUGAACACAGCGCUCAUGUUGUGGUGGUCUCGUUGCUCUCCACUUCACAUUCUUCACAGUAGAAUAUAGUGAGACGUCACUGGCCUUAAUGAGGAGUCAAAAAACUGCUUCUGGACACAAAAUGAGCAGUAGGGUCUUUUUAACACCCGCUGUAGCUUUAAUAUUAGGUGCGUAUUAUUGGUGUAAGAUCACUGCCAAUGUAUUCCACAUGGACACGUAGCACAUAUAAAGCCCACUGUAUAUUAGCUUUUUCUUACGAGUUUGUCAGCAUCAGACUUGGGUAACAUGUUUUUCCCUCUGUAAACUUGAAGCACAGAUCUGUUGAGUACAUGUGUCCAUGUUGCAUUAAGAAGUUGAAACACAUGAUGCUGUACUUUCUAAGUCUUAGGUGUUUGUGUCACUACUGUGCAGAGUUCUUCACUUUUAAACUCCUAAAACCAGCAGAAUAAAAAAAACAAAAACAAAAACAAACACCAAGUAGAUUUGUGUGUCCUCACAUUUGACAAUCAUAGCUUGCCACAAGCAGUUUGAAGUGAUGUCACCCACUGCCCUACUGAAACUGCUGCUGGUCUACGAGUUACCACAACACAACUGUCAUACAUACAGUACAUGUAGACACACUUCUUACUGGUGUCAACUUUCUACUUGUGUCAAGCCAGCCAGUAUAAAUAACUAUGUCAACAAGUCUGUGCCAAGUGAAUCGCUGUUGUCCGUGUAUGUUCAUCCCUCUGACUGCCAAUAAAGGUCUAGUAACAGGAAAUCGCUGCAUGAAGUAAAACUGAAAAAUCAACAGGAUUAGAUAAAAAGAAAGAAGACUCAGUGGAAAAAGGGGGAACUCUUUCAUUUGAUAUGGUGACAGUUUCUAUUUAAGUAAUUCAAUUAAGUAUUUAAUGGCAUGAAAUCCUUACAGCAUGGAAAUGUUUACAGUUACACACACUAAGUUAUUUUUUGGGACGACAUCUACAGUAACACAGACCCUGUGCAAUGUUAGUCAAAACACUCCCUUUGUCUUUUUGAAUAUAACAAGGGAUUUCUUCUUUGCGUUGACUCACUCUUAAACUAAAGAAUGUCCCAAUAUUUGAAUGUAAUUACAUCUGCCAAACAGGUUACGUUAUUGAGCACUUUCCUAAAACAAAAACUGAAAAAUCUGACAUAUUUGAAGACUUUGAAUUUGUUAAUAAUUCAUGUGGGAUUGUUUGGCUUUGGCAGAGAGGUAUGUGCCUCACUGAGUGCCAUUGUUCACGUAAGCUUGUUUUAGUAUGUAUUGUGGUCAUUGUAAUGGCAGUCGGACCAGAAUUGAAUCUGGUUUACUGCUUGUUAAACCCCAAAACACACCUUUGAAUAACACAGAUACUAACCAGGCCUGUUAAAACAGCCAUUUUUAAGUCCAAACAUAAAUGCACUUUAAAAAUAAUACAUAUAAAUAUCUAUUUGUGUAUAUACAUAUAUAUAUAUAUAUAUAUGUAUAUAGUAAUAUAAAGUGCAGAAGAUCACUACCAUAGAUUACCAUAGAUGUUGUUAAACUACUAGUUUCCUUUUAAUUACACUCAAGAAGUGACACAUGAAUUGCACGCUGUCCUUGUUACAAACCAUGUAUGCUAUAAUAGUAAAUAUGGAAUUGGGACACAGUUUCAGACUCUUGAGAGUGAUGCUGACUGUUAACAUUUGUAGUCUGCAAUGAAUUCUCACCUCUCAUCCUUCUGUCACAGUCCUGUGUUUCCUCUCACAAAUCCUGUUGACUUGCACACUGACGAGACACAAUAUACAAUUUAACUUGUGGUUUCCUUUUCUCUCUCCUGUCAAUGUUUCCAUUAUGCCCUGUUACAUAGCGCACACACACACA